ACAUGCACUGAACUGUACAUCUGCUUCAAUGAAGACACUCUGCCAUCUGAUGUUUGCGUCAGUGAGGAAGACUGCCCUCCAUCCACACAGCAGCAGAUGGAGCCCGUGAAGAACCCAAUGCAUGCAUGUUAAGUGGCAGAGACAAGCAUCGAUUUAUUCAGAUGGACACUGGAAAAAUACCAGCAUUCUUUUUCAAAAGACAUAAAACAGAAGACAUUAGUCAGGACUGAUACAGCACAGUUUUACCUCCCACCAUCCGCCCCUUUUCCUCUGAUCCAAUCAGAGAAAAACCUUGUCUGCUUUCUACCUCCCAGAGAACUACAAAAGGAAAAAAAAAAACAGCAGUUUAUUAUCCAUUACCAAGUUCCUAUUUUUCUUCUCGCCGUGCAACAUUUCUCCAUUUACCUCAGGGAUUUUCUCCCACUGCCUACCUCCUCCACCGAAUCAGCCGACCCAGUGACGGGAACACAGAGCAAAGACACACCUGUGACCUCUCACUGGCCAUACCGUGACAGCCUGUAUUGCCUCUCAAGCUCUCCUCACUGCAACCGUGAUGAGCAGCAAGGACCUCUUAGCACCUGCCAGCUCAGACGUGCUCACUGCCUAAAUUGUACUGAGCCACACUAGUUAUUACUAAAAGGAUCACAUUGCCAGAAAGGCAGCUACAUACUCGCAAUAGCCUGAAACAUCUAUACAAUAAUUGUGAAUUUCCCUAGUGUGGGAAUAAUAAAGGCCUAUCUCAUCAACCUGGCAGGCAACUAUAUACCUCAGCAGACAAAGGUUCAAGAUAAACAGUCAACAGAAGGGAACUUUUCAGCCCUCGCUAUCCUGGUGCUUCAAUCCACACAGCAGGUAACACUUCUCCAGUAGCCUGGUGCUUCAAUCUACCCAGUAGACAACUCACGUCAGCAUCUUCCAUUUGCCUUAGAGGUGGCAGUAUAACAACAGUAGCCAGGGAGGGCUCCAGAGAAACAGAGGAAAAGACUCAGGAGUAUUGCCUGGCAGGCGACUUCACUUCAUUUGCUUCUCAGCAAAGUCACAUGAUACACAAGCUUUGUGAUCUUAGCCGUAGCAUAAAUCAGCAAUUGCCCGAGAGGCCUUCGGAGAUCACAGAAGAGACGUUCCUCCUGCCUUGAGCUUCCUCCUCACCCCGUGAAGCCUCCAGAGAAGCAGAGCUGUCAACGGAGUAGAAGUUCUUGGAAACCUCAUCAGCUGUUCUUAAUCUGGCAGCAGCCCACAAAGAAUAAAGAACUUGCUGGAAGUUGCAACUCCACCGAACAUCCACAUUGUGUUCCAGCAAAGAGGCGGGAGGAAGCAUUAAGAGUGAAGAGAAGAAUGCAGCGCUUUUAUUUACUUCCACUCAUGUCCUACCCAUCAUGCUCCUCCCAGCCAGUCGCCUCCCAGAUUCUCAGAUGGAUGUCUAUUGAUGGUGCUGCUGGCGAAUGCUGAACAGACUGGCAAGGCUGAGGUCCGCCUCAUUGUCCUGUGAUUGGCUGCUCAACGGGACUGAGGCUGCAUGGAGCCAAUGUCCAACAAACAGGAUAGCAACUCAUCAGAGGGAGAUGAGAAAGGGUGGCCAAAUGUGCCGAAGAGAAAGAGUAAGAACAGCCAGUGUUCGGUGAAGAGUAUGUCAGCUCUUAGUGUUUCUGUUUCAGGGUACAUUCCAAGUUACCUGGAGAAGGAUGAGCCGUGCGUGGUGUGUGGGGAUAAGGCGACUGGCUACCACUAUCGCUGCAUCACCUGUGAGGGUUGCAAGGGUUUCUUCCGCAGAACCAUCCAGAAGAACCUCCAUCCAGCUUACUCCUGUAAAUAUGAAGGCUGCUGCAUUAUCGACAAGAUAACCCGCAACCAGUGCCAGCUGUGCCGCUUUAAGAAGUGCAUCUCUGUGGGCAUGGCCAUGGACUUGGUGCUGGACGAAUCAAAGCGCGUGGCCAAGCGGCGUCUGAUCGAGGAGAAUCGACAGAGAAGGAAGAGGGAGGAGAUGGUGCGGACACUGCAGACGAGGCCAGAGCCAAACACCGCAGAGUGGGAGCUCAUUAGGAUGGUAACCGAGGCCCACCGGCACACCAACGCCCAGGGCUCCAGCUGGAAACAGAAGCGCAAGUUCCUGUCAGAUGAUAUCGGCCAGGGUCCGAUGGCGCCCACUCCCGACGGAGACAAGGUGGACCUGGAAGCCUUCAGCGAGUUCACCAAGAUCAUGACACCCGCCAUCACGCGCGUUGUCGACUUUGCCAAGAAACUACCCAUGUUCUCGGAGCUGCCUUGUGAAGACCAGAUCAUCUUGCUGAAGGGCUGCUGCAUGGAGAUCAUGUCCCUGCGUGCUGCUGUACGCUACGAUCCAGACAGCGAGACUCUGACGCUCAGCGGUGAGAUGGCGGUGAAACGUGAGCAGCUGAAGAACGGCGGGUUGGGCGUGGUGUCGGACGCCAUCUUUGAUUUGGGCAAGAGCCUGGCUCAGUUUAACCUGGACGAUUCAGAAGUGGCUCUGAUGCAGGCCGUGCUGCUCAUGAGUUCAGACCGCUCAGGGCUGACCAGCGUGGAGAAGAUCGAGCAGUGCCAAGAGGCCUACCUGCUGGCGUUUGAGCACUACAUCAACUACCGCAAGCACAACAUUCCCCACUUCUGGCCCAAGCUGCUGAUGAAAGUGACGGACCUGCGCAUGAUCGGAGCUUGCCACGCCAGCCGCUUCCUCCAUAUGAAGGUGGAGUGUCCCAACGAACUCUUUCCCCCGCUCUUCCUGGAGGUCUUUGAGGACCAGGAAGUGUGACUUAUGUAACACUGAGUCCCUCUUAAAGAACCCUGGAAACAGAAGGAAAUAAAUGGGGUGGCUUUGUUGGAAGAGUAAGUGUGGGGAUAACAAGAGGAAAAGACAAACUUUUUAUUCUUUAAUGGGAAUGUGCCCUGUAAACCUUUUUUUGUUCUUUUUCUUAUCAGGCACCCACAACACCCACCACCUGCCACCAGCAAACACACGUCAACACCACCAGAGAGAAACAUACUGACAUUUUGCGCGUGCACACACACACACUCUGACAGAGUGCACAGUUGUAAACAGUUACAGAUAUUCACAGAUUUAAAUUCCAGAUACACUGCCGUGGACGUACAGUAGAUCUAUAUGCAAAUCUCAGCAAUUAACUUCUCUUGCACCUGUAUGGAUAACAGCUGUACUCUGUUCCUACACUAAUGCAAACGGAGGGGCUUGGUCAUGAUUUUGCUCCCUGCUACACCCUCCUUUCACCUCAGAAGUUGGGGGUUUUUUUUUUUGCUUUUUUUUCAAUCUCUGGGACAGAGACCCGUCCCCAGCCCCAGCUCCACCACACACCCUCCUCCAAUAGAUUUCCUUCACUGUAAUGGUGUCCUCCAUCUGCAGGUGCAGCCCACCCCUCAGUCCACAGAGGCCCUGUGAGUGUUUGACAGCCUACCUCCCUCACGUACUGACCUCUCUAUCUCUCCCUAUCUCACAUACACACAGAGAAACACAUACAUAAUGUACAUGUACAAAAUACACCCCUGCACUCUUACCUCAUACCUUGUAAAAUGUAUUUCCUCAUUUAUUGUGUGGGUGGUAGUACUUUGUUGAGAAAACAUGGAGCCAGGCAGUCCUCAGCUAUCCCUGUACCUCUCUGCUAGUGAUAGAAGUUAUAGUGGAAACACUUGGCAUGAAGCCAUAAUCUAUCAUGUAUUAUUAAUACAUACAUACAUACUUGAGUGACAUAUUAUAAUGCAUAUGUGUGACAUAUUAUAAUGCAUUAUAUGUAUAUGUCAUACACCUGCUAUGAUUAGAUAUUAUAAAAUAAUACAGUAGAAGUUACAAGUUGUUGUGAGCCUCAUGGUGUUUUCUCUGAUCAUACUGAGUGUGGUAAUGGCAGUUCUUAUCUGCUUCGAGAAAGGGUCUAUUGGUAUCCAGGAGGUUUUGAGAUUUGUGUCAUUGUACAAUAAAUUCUCGUUGUUUGCUUCAUGUUAAGGCAAUAGUUAAGCAUUUGGAGAAUUGAGCUUAGUUGCUUUGUUGCUGAGAGUUAGAUGAGAACAUUGAUGCCACUCUUAAAUACGAAGCUAUAGCCAACAGGCCUAGCAGUUAGCUUAGUUUAGCACAAAGACUGCAAACGGUUAGCUUAGCUCGGCCCACAAUGUGAGAACUACUGGUUGGGGUCUUACAGGGGCUUAUGUACUGGACUAUUUCUCGGCCUGGAUUUUGCUCCCUUUGGACACCCUAAGCUCUUUUACUACUUACUACUUACUUUUAAAACUAAUAAGCUUAUUUAACAAAAAUGCUCUAAAAUCACACUUUACGCUAGCUCCAGCAAUAAAAAGGGGGGCCAAACAAAGUCCGUUCUAAUGAGCAUGUUAGCAACAAAUUCAGUUUUUACACCUAACUAUGUGGCUUUGCCGUCAAGAUAAUUACCCUUACUGUAUUUACAGUAGAAGGUGAGCGGUAAGAAGAUCAUUAUUACCUGUUAGAAACCCAUUCCUCAUUCAGUAUGUUUACAGAAAGCACUGUUUUAUUCAUGAGAAAGAGAGACUUCAGCUUGAAGAACAAUCAUUAUUAUUAUUAUUAUUAUUAAAUUAUUGCUAUGAUGAAUAUCAUGGCAUUUUGAAAAUGAUGUGUAUUGUAGCUAUAGGCUGCACAGAAAACUGUUGAAAAUGUUUGGUUCCAAACAAACUUCAUUCAAAGAAACUCAUUUUACAUUUCAUGUAGAUGCAAUAUGUUACUCAUUAACACUGACAAGUGUAUGUACAUAGCUAGAAAUAGCUAGAAUACCUCUCCAGAACAUACCUCCUGUUUUCAUUACCUCAUAGACACACACGUUAUACACAUUCACUUGUUUUUUGAUGUAUUACCUCAGUUGUUUUGUUGCUCAAAUCUUCCUCCUCCUAAAUAAUUACUGGGCUGCACCACACUUCCUGUCUCUGUGUGUAUGUGAGAGUGCGUGUUCUCAUUGGAGCGCUGGCCUGUUAAUCACACCGUAGCCCCGCCUCCUCACCUCCCCACUCUCUUGUGAUAGGUUCAGAGCUGGCAGAGGGCAAUGGUGGUGGAGGGAUUGUUGUCACUUGCCUGUCCAGGCCUGCCCUGUCACCUGUACCUGUUUCAAGUCCAGCAUGAGACCGACAGAUUCUACCUCACCUCUCAUCUCAGUGCAGCUGCCCCUCUGUCUGCAACACACUGACAUGCAUGCGCACAUAUAUACACAAAAAAUACAGUAUACAGUAUAUGUACAUGAACACACAGUGCACAUAUGAGUUGCCAACUUGGACCCGCUGGCUGUGCUGUUUCACCCACAGUGUACAGCAUGUCUUUUAAAUGGGCCGUGGAUCAACAUUUGACAACUGACAUGGCAGUCCUUUUUUAUUUUUUAUCACACACCAUGUGGGACCAAGAGUCACCUUUGAUUCUGUUUUUAUUUUGGAACCUAAAAUGACAUCGAGGGAAGGGGUGCGUAUGUGACAUUACAGUGUGCCGAUUAAUCUCAAAGGAAACCGUCAGCUGGAAACUGGGACUCUAGUGGAAGCCAUUUUGGCCUUGUUGGGUGAGGCCAACAGACUAUUGUGGGUGGUGACUGGGAGGUCAAUAAACAGCAACUGAGUCAGCAGUAUUUGCCUGUGGAUAUGGAGAGGAAAGAAGCGACUGUGGCGGGUACUGACUCAGGCCAAGGUAGUAGCAGACCGCCACACAACAAUGGACCCUCGUUCUCACACCUACACUACAUCUACAGAUCCUUCCCUCAUCGUCGCAAAAUGGACACCAAGACAUGUAAAAGACUUUCUGAGCGACGGUCCUAUGCCAGAAACUGAGAAUAUGAGUUAAACACUGCUGAAAUAAGCUCCACCAACAACUAUGUCCCAAAUUGCCAUCCACUACAAAUAACUAUCAGGUUUUUUUCUUUUGCACUAAAACCACUAUGUCUGUAUCCCUUAGUAGCCCUGAACCUCUUCCUUUAUCCCUUUCCUCCAUAUCUUUCCUGUUCCUGCCUGUCUUAAGCAGUUUUAACAAUAUUCUCUAAAAUACCACACACACAUAUAGAAACAUACAGAGUCCGUUUUCUCAACUCUUGAUUACCUGUUGUAACCAACAACAACUGUGACAUGGCCUUUAGGUGCCACCACUCUCAGUUUUACUUAAUAAAUGUUGCAGGGUAUUAAAAUAGAACUGUAAGUGCUGAUUAUACAGGGAUCUAUACACAAACACACACACACACACACAUGCUGCAGCAGCAGCACACACACACACACACACACACACACACACACACAGCAAUAGGAUGAUCAUGCAGUGCAGUUUCACACCCGCCCUCUCCAGGCCUUGUGUGUUUGUAUCGUACUUUGCUCACUAUCACUGUGAAUGAAAGCCAUGCUGCAACCAGGUCAUGGCUCAGACAGGGAACCACUGGUACAGUAGUUCUGAUAUGUUGAUGUGCCUCACAGAGGUCUAUAAUACAAAUAUACAUGAUACAGUAUACAGACGCUUAUAUUUAUAGAUAUACACAUAUAUACAAUAUAUAUACAUAAGUAUGUAUGUAUAUACAUAUACACACACACACAUAUAUAUAUCUAUAUACGUGUGUGUGUGUGUGUGUGUAAAUGAUACGGUUAUUGUAUGUGGCAUUAGAGCUGUCAGUGGCUGAAUUCAUGCUGCCAGCUAAAAUCAAUCAUGAAUCUGCCUGAUCAGUCAUGUAGCAGAGGGUGUCAGAACUCCGUUUACCCAAAUGUAUUAAUAUCUGUAAAGUAAUAUUUAUGCAUUGUUUGUAGUUGAUGUCAUAAUGCAUUAGGAUCCUUGUUUGCCUUGUGGUGAUCACCAACUAACCUUCGUGACCCACCUUAUGUACACCUCUAAUUCACUUCAUAUAGCACAGGAAGUAUCUUUUUUGCCCUUACUGUGGAACUACAAACAUGAGACCAAGUCUGGUCCACAUCGCUUGGCAAAUUCAUGUUUAGAUUCAAGCUGGCAGCACAGCCACUCUGUCUGUCUCUCUCUCAGCCAAAUGAUCAUUGGAGAACUGCUCCCACUGUCCUCUGAAAAAAAUCCCCACACCAGCACCACAGAGCACACUGCCUUCAGCCAUGAUCAGCUGCACCAGCAUAGCAGAGAGACAGACCAGUAGUCAGUGACCAUCCUCCUCACCAAAAAGCCAUUCUACCUACCGCCAGCCAUAUUCACAUAGCAGACAAAUGCACAUAGUUCUUUAAAUUUGUCAGUAGUGUCCUUUUCAAUUGGAUAGACUAAAUUUUGGUUUGGACAGCCAACCAGGCACACACAGUGACAAGGAACACAUUUUCCACGUGACCAACAACUCCAAAUACCGCAACAAAGCAGUGGCACAGAGUGCUUAUUUUAACUUUUAUGGCUUAUUGGCUCCUUGUAGUGCAUUCAUGAGAGAAGGCAUGAAGCUUCUGAAAGUUUCUUCUUCAAAGUAGAGAAAUGAAUUUGCUCUGUGUGUUGGAACAUGGCCGGGGCGGUGGCACAUGAGGCAAUUUUGCAGGCAAAGCUGAGUGGAAAUGCCCACCCGUUGAAAGAGCCGCAGAGUGAAAAAUGCGUUUCUCCUUGCAGGAGUACAACACCUUUUGACAAAAGCAGCAACACCGAGGCCUUUGAGAGUUGCCUGAAAAGUUGCACUCUGUAUUACUGCCUGUUUACCCUCUAAUACCUUUCACACUUCCCAGCCAAGCUGCAUGAUGAGACUGAAGAGUCGCCGUCUUUUCCAAAUACGGACCACAGAAUUGUGUCUCUCAUUGAUUUCUCUCUGUCUGGUAGAUUAAAGUGAGAGUUAAGUUUCAUGUUUGUUUACAAUAAACUAAAUCGUGAACUUGAUGUGAAAGCUCUGUUGCUGCAGCAUGGCACAAAACCGUAACUACUCUGAAGCAGUUCAACUCUCAUGGAACACGUUAUUCACAAAUAAACUACUUCUGCUACUUUCAUUACUUACCCAGGGAAAACAUAUGUAAGUCAAUAACAUCCUUUCUCAUCCUUCCAUCUCCAUUCCCCAACUCCAGAAUUUACAUCCUCAUCUCUAUCCCCUUUCUCUGUUUAUUUCACACUGUCUUCUUUCCCUCCCACAGACACACACAUAUACAUUUACAAAAAAGUUACCCCAAAUCAUACUAGCACUCUUUGGUGGAGAAAGAUGACAAUCCCUGCAGGAAUAUGUCUACAAGUGGAAUGUAAAAUACUGAAAUUGUACGAUUGAAGACACAGUGUGAAGUCCCACACUCAUGUUGUUUUUGAUGUUGUUGAUGUUGCUUUUGUUGUGCACCAAGUGUUCGUUGUUAGGCUUACUCUAAGGUGGAUGAGUUUGCGGGUGAGAUUAAAAUCUCAAUCAUGUGACAGACUGCUACUGAUAAGUCCUCUUUUUUUAAAAUAUAUUAUGUUUCUAAAGGACUUGUAGUGUGGGGACUGAAAGGCCCCGAGUGAUGUAAAGCAAGAGAUGAAGCAACUUUAUUUUGAAUAGAGGAAAGAAAUGUUUUUUAUGAUUAUUCUUUUGUGUUGUUAUUACUCUGCAUCUGAUUUUCUUGGUAAGUGAAUGUCUGUCUGUCUGUGUUGAUGCUUUACUGUGAGAAAAUGGCUGUAUAAUGCACUUUCAGACCAUCAUUGGUGCAGUGGUAGCUAGUGCUCAAACAUCACCCAAGGGCCAGGUUUCAAAUCACCUUCAGUUAAGCUAACUGAAAAAUAUACAGAAAAAAAAAGCAGGAUGUGUAAUCAGAUUUAUAAUUUAAACGUUCAAGUUCCUUAUUCUGAGUUUCCUUUUCUUCAUCUGAAUAUUCAGAAUUCUGAAAUGCGUGAGAUGGGUUAGGUUUACUGGUGACAUUACAUUAUCUAAUGAGAGCUUUGCAACAGCUGGCUCUGCAGUGUGUGUGCUAGCACUUUAACAUAGACUAUGGAGUUAUAGGUGACAUGCAUUACUCAAAGUAUAACCUUUUGUUAACACAGAUUUGCCCCUGAUUUGGAUUCAUACCAUAGAUUUUUCUGAAAGCCUUUAAACAGAUUUUUAAUGUUUGGGUUUUCCCACCUUUUACUGCCCAUGAUAGGCUGAGAUCCUGGAAACAUACCGUAUAGUAGUACUUCCUGUUCAGCCUAGAUAAUCAGAAUUUAUAGAAUUUUUGUUGAAUUUAGCUUCUGUCACUCAUUAGAGGAACCACAGCUAACAGCUAAUCUUAAGUUUAAUGUCAGGCUCAGGGUGCAUUGUCAUAUGGUUAGCUAUAAUUGAAUAAGGAAAUAUUUAGGACUGAAUGUUUUCUCAUAUCUGCUCCCACAUUCAACUAAUUAGCAUUUAACAACUGAGUUUUGUACGUGUAAUUUACAUACACCUGUACAUUUAGAAGGUAUUUUAGGUUCUAGUGUUAAGAAAACUGUUUGUGUCCUGUCAAUGAACAACUAGCCACAGUGCUUCGUCAGUGUCUCACAUUCAUUAGGAUAAUGCUUGUCACCUAUAUCAUCAACAUAUGGUCUCCCAAACCCUCAGCAUGCACAUCGCUUAGCUUCUGUCUGACUGUGUCCACUGUCAUAUUGGGUAAAGUUGAACAAUGGGCCAAAGCCCCACAAAAGAUUCAUCUUAUAUUCUCUAAAGAAAUUCUAGCUAAUGUCACAGUAAAACACAUUUAAUGUAGUUUUACUUAAUACAUGUAUAAUUACCAAUAUCUGUUUUUCUUGUAUGAAAAUUACUGGUAUAGGAAGAGGCUGAAUGACAUUUUGAGUACAGUGUCACUAAAUGCUUGUACAAUUAAUACAUUUGUUUUUAUUAGAGGCUGUACAAAACUUGUUAGGGGAACGCAGAUUCAUUUUUUUAGGAAAGUGGUAUUGAUAUUUUAUUUGACCCUCCCCUUGAGUUAAAAAAAAACUGCAGUAUCCUUCUCCUGAUAACUCAAACAAAAUAUAGAAUAAAAUAAAAUAUUGAUACAACUUGAUUCGUCAUUAAUACUUAAGAGGUAUAGCAUAAAUAGCAUAUAGCAGUUAAGACUGUGUACCAUAGCCUUAUAAAAUAAAUCUCGGGUGAGAAAAAAUUUGAAAUAAAAAACAGCAAGGAGACCCCGCCUUAAAUAAAUCUCUCCCUCCAUAAUAAAUCUCAUAAAGCUCCUUGAUGGUCAUUGUGGAUGCAUACAUUAUAUUUCCAGUACAACUGACAGGUUACAAUUUUGGUGAAGCUUAUUUUAAAUUAAGGGUAUAAAUCCACUGUCCAAUUAGCUGAACUGAACGUGAAUGAACCUGAGUCCUGCUUUCCACAGUUGCUUGGGCUGUAUCACUCGCUAAGCUGGGCAUUUGCUCACAUCCCUGAUCUGGGUCAAUAAAUAAAAUGAUUCCUAAAUCCUGAUCUUAGCCUUUAGAUUGUUCAAAAUUAAUCUGACCAUAGACCAGGGCUCAUCUUGCAAUGUAUAAAUCUGUUAUCUAUUAAUCUCUGUGUUGUGACAAGAAUAUUGCAUUUGAUGGGAAAAAAAAUAGUCUCACCAUACAAAAAGGAAUACAGUAAAGAAACAGAAAAAAUCACAAAAUACAAACCAAAAAAAGAGAGAUUUAUACAACUGUUCGUACCUCAUUGUACUGCUGUGUGCCAGAGUAAUGGAGGGGGGGGUGAUCAGUCUCAAGCAAGGAAAAUCACCAGUGGCUGUCAAAAUGUGGAACAGGACCCAGCAGUGGUCUCUGGAAGAUUCAAAUGUCGCCCAAACUUUUUGAAAAGAAAUUGGGGGCUUGACUAGAUUUUUUCAUGGCAGUUUAGUUUGGAGUUCCUGGCCCUGAAAUGUAACUGAAAAGAGAAAACACUAAUGUGCUGAAGAGGGUGGCAAAUUUGUUUCAAGGAAAAAAAAAGAAAAGAAAAAAAAAAAAAAAAAAGCUCUGUUCAGGUUGUAAAAUAUAUCAUUGUGACAAUGUUGUGGCUCUAAAAAAUGUUACUAUUAAAACUGCACUUACAUUGUUAUGUCCAUAAGGAAAUAAUAGCAUGAAAUAUGAGGCCAUGCUUUUGAGUAUUCAUCGUCAGCUGGCAGAUGUUUCUUCCUUCUCUGCAUGUGUUCUGACCUGACAAACCAAGAGAGGACUGGUGUUUCAUCAGGACAAGAGUUGGGGUGCAUUGAAUAGUUUGGCCAAAUAAAAUAUUUAAAUGUUUCAAAAAUAUACAAAGAAAUCAAAAAUGGUGCCCCCCCCCAAAAAAAAACAAAAAACAGCAAAACAGCUCUAAAGAGAGAUGUCCUCUUCAAGCCUUCGGAUCUUUUCAAGUGCACAUAUGCAAUUACACACUUCCAAUUAUGUCCAGUGUACUUAAAUACAGGACAGUGAAUUGUGCCUUGAACAAGAGAAGUUUAGGACCCCAAGUCCCAGACAACUAUUCCCAUGACAGUGUCCUCUCUUGUUUUUGCUGGUUGCUCCCUGCAGCUCCCCUUCACAGUGACUUUCUGCAGUAGCACACAACCCAGCCCUAGUGUAUCUGAGAGGCAUCAUGUGAGGACCUGCACAUGCAGGAGGCUAUUUCCUGUAAGCAAAGCAGCCAUAAUUUUUUGGCACAGCACAGUGUUGAAUGUAAAGCUGAAUGAGGUAUGGGGUUGAAGCAUCCCCAGUAAGAGUUUGAUGAUGUAUUUUAUAAAGCUGGUUGUGGGUUUGUAAUGGGCACGGUUGUUGUUUGUCUUGUUUUCUGUGACAAAUCAUUCAUGGCACAAUCAGAGAAUGGCAUCUCAGUGGCUCAAAGCUGUUUGUGUUUGUGUCUAUGUGACAUUCAUUUUCAGCAUUAAAAUUACUUUGAUAUCA